AUGGAAGCUUUGUGGAAUUUAGAAGACAAGUGGAGGCUGUCAACCCAAGAAGCUUUCGUCCUAUUGGUAUCUGCUGCCUUUGCUGUCAUUGGUCUUUGCAUGGCCACAACGGUUUUACUAAAGAAGGCUCAGAGAAAACAGCAGCAGAUUGUGAUGAGCAGCAGCCAACAAGAGACCUCAGCAACAGGUCCUAAAUGGUCUGGCUCUGAGCCAAGUUGCGGUUGGGGUUCGAUAAAGGGGGCGUUGGUGAGCACGGUGCGGUGGAGCAGAGCCAGCAAGUGGGAGGAGGAGAGACAGCAGGGUGGGAGUUGGAGAGAGACGCCGCGGCCGCUGCUGGACAAAAGGGUUGCAGUUGAAGUGGGGUGGCGAAGCCAUAACUCAGACUCCCCUGUGUGGCAAAGGCCUAUACUUAUGGGGGAGAAAUGUGAGCUUCCAAGAUUCAGUGGCCUUAUUCUCUAUGAUGAAAGAGGUCUGCCUCUUUGUCACUCCCACAAAGAAACCAGAAACCAGGAAAAAACAGCUGCUGUUACAAGAACAACUUUGAGGGACUUGCUGUAAUUUUCUCUGCAGAAAUGUUAGAAAUAGUUUUGGCAAAAGAGAGUGGUUGGGGUUUCAGUUGUAAUAUGGGCCAGUCAUUUUCUGCAAUAACAACACCCAUUAUGUG